UGUCACUUAUUUGUCAGUCGUUUAAAUAGGUUAGGAAAAUCAUAACAAUAUUUUUGUAUUGCGUUAUAUUAUUAUUAUUUGUACAAUAUACUUAUUUGCCACAAUGUUAUCACUGCAAGCUUAUAAUAGUAGUAGUGAUGAAGAAUCUGAUCAAACAGCAGUUCAAGAAAAAUCAAAUGGAACGCCUUACGAAACUCUACCGCCGGAACUCCAAAAGUUUUCAUCUAAAAAAGAUCUUCAGGUUUGUGCAACCCCCGUAGUCUUACCCCCCGCUAUAGAUGAAGAUAAAAUUCAUAUUCACCCUGAUACAUCAGAGCUCCAGUAUAACCCAAAAUAUGAUGAACUAUUUGCACCAGUCGUAGGGCCAGUAAAUCCUUUUAAGACGCAACAACAAGCAAUCGAAAGAAAUAUACUAUCAGGGCAUAUUGAGCCUGCACAUGUCAGUGAAUUUCAGUUUGAGAAUCAAAGGCGAACGUUUGCUAGUUUCGGUUAUGCAUUGGAUCCUUCAGUAAGUACUACCGAAAAGGAAUUACAUAAAGUAAUUGGAGGAUCAGAAGAAACACCUGAUUCAGAUAUGAAAACCGUUUUUGAAAAUACUAAAUUGAGACCAUUAGAUAAAAGAAAAAGAAAGAAAAAUGAUGAUCCAAGUGAUGUAGAAGGAUUUUUAGGUCCAUGGGGUGGAUUUGUUGGAGAACAAAGAGUAAUGAAACCAACAGAAGAAGAGCAAGCCGAGCUUCAAGAACUGGUUUCUAAAAGAAAUAGGCGAGGGAAAGAAGUGGAAGAAAAACAAUUUGAAGAAAAAUCUGUUCUGCAUAUUAAAGAUGCAGUUGAUUAUCAAGGAAGAUCAUUCUUGCACGCUCCCCAAGAUGUUGGUGUUAAUCUUAAGUCAGACACUCCACCAGAAAAAUGUUUCUUGCCAAAAGCUCACAUUCAUACCUGGUCUGGACAUACAAAAGGUGUAUCUGCAAUUCGAUGGUUUCCAAAAACAGCACAUCUAUUUUUAUCUUGUAGUAUGGAUUCCAAAAUCAAACUCUGGGAAGUUUACAACGAAAGGCGAUGUAUCAGGACUUAUUAUGGCCACAGACAAGCAGUUAGAGAUAUUAACUUCAAUAAUAGUGGACAUCAUUUCCUAUCAGCUGGUUACGAUAGAUAUAUCAAGUUAUGGGACACUGAAACUGGACGUGUUAUAUCGCGAUUUACUAGUAGAAAAAUACCUUACUGCGUAAAAUUCAAUCCCGAUCAUAAUAAGCAGCAUCUGUUUGUAGCUGGUACGUCUGACAAGAAAAUUAUUUGUUGGGAUACAAGAUCAGGCGAUAUUGUUCAAGAAUAUGAUAGGCAUUUGGGCGCUGUAAAUACCAUAACUUUUGUUGACGAAAACAGACGUUUUGUUACUACUUCCGAUGACAAAUCAUUAAGAGUGUGGGAAUGGAAUAUACCAGUUGAUAUGAAAUAUAUUGCUGAUCCGACUAUGCACAGUAUGCCAGCUGUAACUCCAAGUCCAAAUGGUAAAUGGUUAGCAUGUCAGAGUAUGGACAAUAAAAUUGUGAUUUUUUCUGCAUUAAAUAGAUUUAAACUAAACAGGAAAAAAACAUUUACAGGUCAUAUGGUAGCAGGAUAUGCCUGCCAAUUAGAUUUCUCACCUGAUCUUUCGUAUUUGGUCUCAGGAGAUGCUGACGGAAAAUGUUUUAUAUGGGACUGGAAAACCACCAAAUUGUACAAAAAAUGGAAGGCACAUGAUGGUGUGUGUAUUGGUUCUCUUUGGCAUCCCCACGAACCAAGUAAAGUGAUGACAGCUGGUUGGGAUGGUUUAAUUAAGUAUUGGGAUUAAAUUUCCAAGUAGAAAUUUGUAAAUAUACAUUUUAUUACUUCAUUACACAUGUAUUAUUUUAUAAGAGUAAUAAAAACAAGAUUUUCCCAUGUUUA